AUUCAGUCUUUUCCGUUUUAAUGGCUGUUAGUGGAUGCUGUGACAUGCUAACGUCGUGGGAACACUGGGAAGGGUCCAGAUUUUUCAUUCCAGUUUUUCUCCUCUCGCACGCAUGUACGCUGAGGACGAGCGAGCUACCCAACGGAACGUAAUUUACAGGGAGAAGACGAAGACGAUACAGAGAGAUUCUCCUCACCUGCGAUCAUCUCCGGCCACUCCGAGGGAGAUGUUUCCAGAGAUAAAUCGGUGCUUCUUCGUCUUGUACGGGGCAAAACACCAUUUGGGUCUGGUUUUUCUCUGGCCUCCAACUAGAAGCGCAGGUCAUUAUUGGAGCUCCCGUAUUAUAUAAGGUAAUUUGCAGCUUUACAACUACCUCAAUUACUGGAAAACAAGGUAAGAAAGGAAACAAGAAUAGAAAACAUCAAUUUUUGCAUUUAUUUUGCCAAAAGUACUGUGAUCCGCAAGAGAAGUGUUGAUGAGAGGAUCAUGUCACUACCUUGGAAGUAAAGGCAGAUUCCUCCCUCUAAUCUCUCCACAACUUGCUGUGGCUUUGUAUAUAUGUGUGCUUGUGUUCAAGGAAAAAACUUUGAGGUGUAGCUGUUUGGUACAAGUAGAACAGCAUGGAUACCCUUGGGAAAAAGUUUGGAUUCAAAGGAAUUUUCCGGGUUGACAUUCUUGUGUUUUUCACCGUAAAUUUGAGCUACAAUGUUUUGGUUGUCAACGGAGAUGAAAUUAUAGAGCCAGUGGUGGGGAAAUUAGACAAUCCAUUGGCAUAUUCUAUCAUAAACCAUGGGAUAUAUGAAGAGGGUGAAAUGGAAGACGGGGCAUGGACCAUGGUACAGACUAAGGGGAACCAAUUCGUGGUUUAUGGGCAAGCUUUUUAUGUUAAUGGAUUCAACACUUACUGGUUGAUGGAAUUUGCUGUGGAGCAGUCAACAAGAGGAAAGGUCAAUGAGGUGUUUCAACAGGUCUCUGCCGUUGGCCUAACAGUCUGUCGUACUUGGGCUUUCAAUGAUGGCCAGGGGCAAGCUCUUCAAAAAUCAGCAUCUGUCUAUGAUGACGAAGUUUUCCAGGCCUUGGACUUUGUUGUCAUUGAAGCAAAGAAGUACAAGAUUAGGCUCAUAUUGACAUUGACUAACUACUGGGAUGGGUUUGGUGGCAAACCACAAUAUGUGAAAUGGGGUAAAGCUGCUGGUUUGAAUUUAACCUCAGAUGGUGACUUCUUCACGCAUGUGACUAUCAAAAGUUACUACAAGGCCAAUCUUAAGACCGUGCUUAAUAGGGUGAAUACACUCACCAACAUUACUUACAAGGAUGACCCCACAAAUCUAGGUUGGUUUCCUUUAUCAUCUCGCAUUUUAUAG